CGAGAGAUCAGUGACCAGUGAGAAAGCACAAAGACGAAGCAAGACCCUUUGCUGCCGUUGUGGAUGUGAUCGGCAUCCUCUGUAUUAUUUUGUCGAGCGAGCUUAUUACAGUAUUUAGCAACUACAAUCACACUCCAACAAGACAAUGGCUCGUAUGCGUAGACACAGAUCUGGUGGAGGCGACGACGAAGAGAGUGCGGGGAGCUCUCCGGGAUCGGGGUCCCCCGUCUUGAAGCUUGCGAUUCUGGUGCUUUUGGUGUUGGCGGGGGUCACUCUGGCAUCCCAAUCGAAAUUCAUGGGCAAAUCCGGUUUCAACGCAACCAUACAACAGGUUGUCAAUGAGACUCUUGCCAUGUCCACCAGCAGCAGUAGCAGCCGAGAAAUGGCGGAAUCCACAACAAGCUCAUCGCCCUUGUCGUCAUUUCUCCAACCAGCACAACCAGCACUGGUGGACCCUGGCAAAUACGCUCCUUUUUCCUGCUUGGGCCUUUUGCAUGACAUGAAGAACAGCAGCGCCAUGAAAGCCAAGGAUCCCAACAAUGGAAUGAUGCAUGCUCGAAGAACCGAGACGGAUCCCCCUUUUUACAUAAGUCUACACCGAGAGACGUUUGACAAGACUCGCUGGUGUAUCAUGCAAUAUGGGCACUACUAUGAACGAGAGCUUACCAAAGCCUUUGUGGAAGUCCUCAAGGCGUCGCCACCGGGAUCUCGUAUUUUAGAUGUGGGAGCCAACAUUGGAUUCUUCUCCCUGGUUUCGGCGGCACAGGGGUCCUUCUUUAUUGAUUCCUUUGAGCCAAACCUGAAAAAUCGAAUGCGUUUUUGCGAAUCCUUGAAUAUGAACCGAUGGACCUACACCGAAUUCAAUCAUCCUCAUGCCGUGGUGGAUCAGCAACUGGGCUUUACACCACCGCGAGUCAAUCUCUACCCGUACGGUGUGGGAAAAGAAGAGGGAAUAUUCAUGUUUCAAGAAAACAACAAUCCGGGACAGGGUGCCGUCGUGGAGACCAAGGCGACCGCCGGAGCUGCCAAUAGCAUUCAAAUUGUCACGCUCGAUGGUUUUGCCAAAGAACGAGGGUGGUUUGACAGUCGUCCUCAUAUUGCCGUCAUGAAAGUGGAUGUGGAAGGUUUCGAACCAAGCGUCAUUGAAGGCGCCAAGGAACUCUUACGAUCUCAUAUGAUACGAAACAUUUUCAUGGAAGUUUCGGUUCGAAAUGCCCCCGAACGAGAAAAACAAAUCCCCAUGAUUCAGUACUUUACGGCAGCCGGAUACAAGGUGUUCAAAAUUGGAGGCUGGCAGGGGCCAAAUAAUCCGGUAUCGUGGCCCAAUGAUGCAGCUCUAGUCAACAAUGUACUCGAUGCCGCGGCGAAAGAAUCCGCCAAACAGCUCAACGUUUGGUGGACGAUUCAAGAUGCGACGAUAACCGCCUAAUUGGAUUCUCCACGCAUACCGGUACAUUGGCGACCGAAUGCAUCCUUGUGUUCAAUGUUGCUUUGUUUCUACGUACCGUAUGGCGCAACGUUCUUCCCGGAGAACGAGUUGUCGGCUGUCAAUUUUUGGAACGGAUGAUUCAUUCAAGUACCGUGACGAGCCACCGACGCAGGAUAGGAAGCACGGUUGUGCCAACCAACCAAUGAGCCACCCAUUCAAUAAAAAACAGGAGCAACAUUGCCGAGUGAAGCAACUUUGAGCUAGAAUGAUCGUUGAUUGGAAUAAUAAGUACGGUACUGCAAACCCAUGCCAUGCCAGAGCCAUUUCUUUGGGCAGCAUAUUGUGAAGUUAAACGAGCGUUCUAAUUGUCUAACUCAAAUGGGGGCAACAGAUCCAUCUUCACUCCGUGGACAGCCUUGUACCAGUAUAUGAGCAUACUGAAGAACAUCCAAAUGCCCACAGCUUGAGUACAUGUAUGUGGACUCGACUCGACUCAUACCGUAGUAGCUCAUUGCAACAAGAUACGCUGCUCAUGACAGGCAGCAAUUGAGGAAGUAUCAGGAUCGCAGGGACCACCACUUCCACGGUAUUAGCAUCCCAGUGACAUCCAUUUCACGGGCCACUUCAGAACGAUCUUUAAAAGAUGCCCCCCUGUGGCAGCUUCGCUAGCUACAGUACAUGUACCGGUAGACUAGCUAACUAGCUAGAUUAGCAUCACGCAGACUAGAUCCAUCAUCGUGGAUUCUCGACCCCUGUUUCUAAACAGCAGGGUACAGC